CGUUACGUUCUCGUGGUCAUCAACGAUUGGUAUCUCUCAUUUACAUUUACGUUGAAAAAACCUGUGACUGUCAUCGUAUGUAAGUGCACACCUACUGAUGUGAAAGGAGAUUGACCGCUAACACUUACAGGGAGGGCACGCAAUGUAAAAGCGUCGCUGACGGGAAAGAAAUUCGAAACGAAAUCACAACUACUUACACUUGAAAGAGCAAUAAGAAUAAAGAUGUUGGGGCGUCGCCAUUUCAACUCCUUUCUGUUUUUCCUCCUUGCUUCCCACUUCGAACAGCGAGAGGUACUGGGACGCGAAAUGGUGGAAGGGGAAGACGCAGGCCAUGCCAGCAGUGUGGAAAUUGAGGUCCGAGCGUCGGCGGACACCAGCGCCUCGUCCGGAAACCUGCGUGCGUCGGUGGUGAAGCCGGUGCCGACCGCCAACCUGCCAGCGUCCUUCACGGAAACGGGAGAAUCGAAGAAGACCGAGCAGCGGGAACUGGUCAUGCAAAUCAUGAAAGAGCUGAAGCAACGAUCGGACGAAGAGGAAAAGGUAUGUAAGUACUUACUUUAAAUUACAACGAUACUUACAGUAGCCUCCGUUUUCAUUUUCUACGCGAUAUAGUAUGACCUGCACUUCUAGAUCAUCUAGUGCAGCGGCACUUGCAUGAUAGAUCCGCACGGAUAUUUCACGUUCUUACGAAGUAGUGAGCGGAUGACUUCCACUUCUACGCAAGCCUUGGCUAAAAAACAAAAAUCAAAAUGAAAAAAAGCCAAAAUCCAUGCAAAUCUAUGGAAAACAGAAGGGAGAAACCGCUCCAUCGGGGAGCAACAUCCUGAUGAUCGUUAUCGUCACGGCCCUCUCGGUGGUACUCGUCAUUGUGGUUGGUACCUACCUCUUCGUGCGGUGCAAGAAGGUCAAGAUUGAAAUUGACGAAGAGCGUCUGUCUCUGAUUUCCGGAACCAGCGACAUUCCAGGGUAAAGGAAAUUUAUUUAUUAGUUCAUGUUCGUACAACUUCUUGAGAACGGGCACGCUACCUACUCUACAGUAGUGAGUGAGGUUCGCGAUCGCGUUGGCAUUCCCAUUCGAUUCUACAUUGACUGAGCGUGAAGACGUUUACUGUGGCUGGAUGUUGCGUCGCGGAACCACGUGAUGCAGACAUUCACGAAUAUGCAUCAGGUACCGCCCUCACAGCGAUUCCUACUUCGCUCAAAUCAAGGCCGAGGCGCUGUCAGAGCAAGCCGCGAAGAAGGGCAAAGUGAGCGUGAAUGCGGAGCAACCGGAACCUUCGGACGAACUGAGGUCGAGUCGCAUCGACACUGACCGCGCUGAUAUCGUCCCCGACGAGGAUCAGAAGUACAUCGCCUAGAAGAGGCGAGAAACGGAAAAUGGAAGAUUUUAUUCGAACAAAGUGCGAUAUUGUGAAAAGAAAAGUUGCUAUAACACUUCAACUUCUACGAACAGAAUACGAAGUAAACUAAGUAAACUAAAAGCUGAACGUAACUGCAAUCUAGCAAGUGCAACAUAUCUCAAUUUGUACCAACCCUUUGUGUUGCCUAAGCUACGGAUUUCAAAUUGAUAUAUGUAGAUGUACAAUACAGCCAGCGCCAGCAGUGGCACUGAGUGGAUUUCUUGGUAUUUCCCUUUAGUGCAACCUUAUUAUUCCGAUAUGAUGAUAUACAAGCCCAGAAAGUGACCCUGAUCACGGAACGAAAAUGAACAGAGUCAGGGGCGUAAGGCUCAACAAAAGUGCGAAGCAAAUUUGCUUUCCUUUUCGUUUAAGAUGAUAUCAAGGAAAUACCGAUGCGACGCGCAUGACUUCCGGUUUUCGUAUAAUUCAUUGGAUGCGGGAGCGGGCCGGCUCAACUUGCUUCCAGGUUGCACACUGUAAGGAACUUUCGAAAUAAUAUUUUCGAUCGUGAGGAGAAACGAGGUGGUCGACCUCGAC